GCGCAUGUACCGUAUUUUGCUAUGGCAUAGUCAAACACACACACAAGACCUCUCUCUCUCUCUCACACACACACACACACACAAAAACAAACAAACAAACAAACAAACAAACAAACAAACAAACAAACAAACAAACAAACAAACACACACACACAGAUAGGCAGAGAGAUGAACACAAACCACCUCUGGUCCUGAAAUGAUCUUGAAGUUCUGUACCCCUUCUCCUCCCCCUUGCCCACUCACCUCCUUUAGCUCCCUGACAGAGACAGCUUAGAUCAAGGUAACUGCUGGCUCCAGGAACCUGUAUUGGCUGAAAAGAACCAGAUGAAGAUCUUUAACCUCUUUCACUCACAAAAACCUUGCAAAUGCAUGACCUGCCUGAAAGCUGAAUAUAAUGGUUACACACCCCUAGCUCACCCCUAGCUCACCCUUAGCUCACUGUAUAAUGGUGUAGAACUUACACCUCCUUCCCAGAAAUGAUAUUCCAGAGUACUGAACCACCCACUGCCCCGAGUUCACCCCCGCCACUAACACACCAGAAGAAGAUCCUCCAUCUCUCUAAAAGGCACUACCUGCCUGCCGUCUGAAGGUUACACAAUCCUAGCUCAUUAUAUACAGGUUGAUAGCUCACCUCUCACUAUGUACAGGUGGAUACAUUAUGUUGACCGUCGAACCGUCGAAUGAUCUUCCAGAACCCACCUAACAAAGUCAAACCCCCUUGUCCACUGCCCCCCUACAAGAUUCAAGUCAGGGUUCCGAGAAGAGGCCGUACCAUAAGACAAUGCAAAUCCAGCUCAUUUACCUCCUCACUCAACCCCCCCCCCCCCCCCCCCCCCCCCCCCCCCCCCUCAAUUCUAUACAGGUUGAUAGCCCGAAAAUGAGGUCACUAUGUCCAUGGUGGCAUCAAGCACCUGGCACUCUUGCAAAACGAACAAGUAAGAGGAUGCAAAUGGUGGCACCAAGCGUAGUGGACAAGGUGCCCCCUUGUCCACUCUUGCCGUCACGAGUGGACGGCAAGAGUGGACGGCAAGAGUGGACGGCAAGAGUGGACGGCAAGAGUGGACGGCAAGAGUGGACGGCAAGAGUGAACAAGUAAGAGGACGCAAAUCGUUUUGCAAGAGUGAACGGCAAGGUGCCAGGUGCUUGAUGCCACCAUGAUGCCACCUGGCACUCUUGCAAAAGAAACAAGUUAGAGGACAAAACUAACGAGCUAAUAAAACAGUUAGGCACGA